CGUAAUAUCUCAAUGAAAUUUCCUGUGUGUGCAAGUCCGGCUGCCGCUGCGGGGCUGCUCAGAGCGUGUGAGUGACUCUGCAGAGGCGAAGUCCCUGCGGUCACCCCAGACGUGAUGGAGGUGACAUCCCCCCAGCCUGGGCUCUCGCUGGCUCUGCUCUACCUGCUCGCUUCCCACGGAGGGCCGGUGGCUGCUUUCCUGAUCACCACACCGUACUCGCUCUGCGUCUGCCCUGAGGGCCAGAACGUCACCUUGACCUGCCGGAUCAGCGGUCCCCUCGCUGACCGUCACGACCUCCUCUACAAAACCUGGUACUUCAGCAGCAACGGUGACCAGAGCUGCUCCGAGAAGAAGCACAUCCGCAAUGUCACCGAGAAGGAGCUGCACCACGACCUGGGGAGGCACCACGAGUCACUGGGCAACAACACCCAAAAAUCCCCCAUCGUGGGGCAAGGCAUCCACCACGGGGUGGAGUUUAUUCAGGACCACCACGGUGCCUUUCACAUCGUGGUGAUGAACCUGACGGUGCAGGACAGUGGGAAUUACUGCUGCUACGCCGUGGAGGCCAGGCGGGAGCACGGCAAGCCUCACACCUUGCAAGUCGCUCAUGGCUUUGUGGAGUUGCAGAUUCAGAAAGGCAGAGGAGGGCUUCAAAACUGCACAUUUCACACUGCCACGGGCAAAGGUAUCACGGCCGCCGCGCUGGCAACUGCUGCCUGCAUCGUGGGCAUCCUCUGCCUGCCCCUCAUCUUGUUCCUGAUUUACAAACAGAGACAAGCAGUCAGCAGCAGACGUGCUCAUGAGCUCGUCAGGAUGGACAGUGCCCAAGGCAUAGAAAACCCCGUCUUUGAGGCGGUGCCCUCAGCGAGCACAGAGCCGCGGCCGAGACCCCAGCUCUCCUACAUGGCCAGCCGUCAGCCCUCCGAGUCAGGGCGGCGCCUGCUCUCGGAGCCUGGCACCCCCUUGUCCCCCCCUGGCCCUGGAGACUGCUUCUUCCCGACGCUGGAUCCUGUUCCGGACUCACCAAAUUCCUUGAAAGCCUAAAGAUCCCGGAGGAAACCACAUUCCUCAGCUGCAGACGGGAGAGGAGAGGCAGCCUCUGUGCCAAGCUCACUGAGCCAAGAGCCCCAGGCGGGCAGCACGGCCACGGGCAGCAAAGCCUUAAAAAAUGAAGCUCUGUGCAGGAGUCUUGCCCUCGCCUCCUGCCCUGGCUGGAAAUGAACUUCACUUCACUUGCCUGGAUUUUGGUUUUUAACUACCUAUUUCUAUGGAGAAGAGCAUGACUCUGUACUGCUCACGUUUUAUGGACCAGCUGGAAAUCGAGGAUGCAGGGAGAGAAAGACGACCCACACCUGCAAACCUCCCCAAGGAUUUAACUUAUUGCCAGAGGUUUACGUUCUGCAACGUCAACCUAUUUCUGCCUCUUUGACUGAACAUCCUCUUCAGGAGCGGAUGGUAAAGUACUUUAUCCACCACAAGACAAACAGGGGCACCGGCCAACCUUGUACUACCUUGUUCUUUGCAAAACAGGAAGGGGAGAGGCUCCCUGCUGCUGACGGAGCCCUCCCUCCCCACCAGCUUUUUCAGACGGCCACGAACUUGCGAGGCUGCUGCAUUUUCAGCUGGACACACAUUGGGAGGAGUCUUGUUUCUGCUGCAAUUUUAUCCUUGGCUUGGGAUCAGGGGAAUUUAUCUCUCUGUUUGUUUCAUUAUCAGUGCUGAUUAA